GCUUGAAACGCUGCUGAAUUUUUUCCCCAUGCCAUCGUAUCGGAAUCUCACUCUUCAGUGUUUGACAGAGGUUGCAGCACUUAAUUUUGGAGAUUUCUACAAUGCCCAAUACGUUAAGAUGUACACCAUAUUCAUGAAACUGUUGCAGGUAGGUCCGAAAUGAAAUGCUUAUUGUAGUACUAUCUUUGGUUGGCUUACUCAUCACAUCAUUGUCCAGUUUUUUCUUUUAUUUAAUUGUAUGUCUUGUUCCUGUGUUGCUAUUAAUAUUUUUUUUCUUCCUUUUGGUCAGACCAUGAUUCCUCUUAAUACAAACAUUCCUGAGGCUUAUGCAAUUGGUUCCAGCGAAGAGCAGGCUUUUAUUCAGAAUUUGGCUUUGUUUUUCACUUCAUUUUAUAAGUCUCACAUUCGUGUGCUGGAAACUCCUGGAGAGAACAUAGCUGCUUUGCUCAUGGGUGUUGAAUAUCUUACCAAAAUUUCAUAUGUGGAUGACACAGAAGUUUUCAAGGGGUGUUGUUAUGGGAAGUUUAUGGUCUGUUACUUGUCAUUUUUUUGUAGUUUUCACCAUGUUUCCUUGGUUUAUGUUUCCCCUGGUUUUGUUUGUCUUGAAGUUGUCCCUCUGUCUCUAUAG